AUGUCUUCGUCUGCAAAAAUUUACUCGGUGGAGGCGGCUAACGCCAAAAAUGUAGCAGCACACAGAGCGGUCCCAUUGAGUACCCGACAAAUUCUGGCUGCCACUGUCACAUUAUCGAUUUUUUCGUUUUUAUAUUUGGUAUUUGCUCAACGACAUGCAGUUUUGUUUUAUAUUAUGACUGGCUUAAUCGCCGUAUACAUCCUUUUCGUCUAUGCCUCUGGAAUUGGCGCAGUACUGUAUAUGGUGGCUCGUGAGUACCCAGAAGACGAAUUCGACUCCAAGUCAAGCAGUUCCAGUCGAGAAAUGGAAGAGUCCAAAUUUUAG